AUGGAAGAAGUCUUGAACGUUGAUGAGUGUUCUGGACUUUACCGUCAAUAUCGUGAUACCUUUGACGAAAGCCAGGCAAUACAACCACUUCUGCGCGACAAAACCAGAAUACUUCCGCCGACUGUUAGACCAAUACGAUCUUCAGAUGAGAGACCUACAAGCAUUGAUAUUGGAGCCUCGCAGCAUUAA